UCACAGGCAACACAGGAUACACACUCACACACAUGCACACACUUGUAACCGCUUACGCACUCCAUCAUAUCUCAAACUGGAGUCGGAGUGAGGAAACAGAAUGUCAGGAAAGGAAGCACUGAAGCCAGUGGGAAAGCACGAUUCAACUCAAGUCUGCUCUGCUGCUUUCUGACCAGCUCUGUGGGAGAGUUCACUGAGGAGUUUGGCCUCAAAACAGGAGGGAAAUUUAGGAUUUUUUAGGCCUGAGUUCUAAAGGAGAAGAUUUAAAGUUGAAGGCAGGUGGUUGAAACUCAAGCUUUGCUUGGAUAACAGGCUGAGAAGUUUGGAUUUUCAACCAGAGAGGACGUACAUCAGGAGGAAAUUCUUGAAAUUCUCUUUGUCUCUGACCACUCAACGCUUUCCAGGUCUCUCAGAGUCUCAUCAUCUGCUGCUAUCAUCCAACUCCAGGAGGAUACACUAACAUAUUUAACAAAGACAAAGAAGAUGAGUCUGUCACGAAACGGGACUCUGGAGAAGACGGUGUCUGAGCAGGCCCAUUCUGAGCGGGGCUCCCCCUCCAGAGCGGGGUCAGGGGUCGUGGUGCCGCCUCCGUACUCUCUGGGGGGAAGUGAAGCCCCUGACAACCCCCUGGAGUUAAGAGGCUCUUUGGACUGCUGGGCAUGCUCAGUGCUGGUCACUGCACAGAACAUGAUCAUCGCUUUGAUCAACGCCGGGCUGGCCAGCAUCGUGUUUGGCACCAUCCUCACCCCGGCCCUCGCCAUGAUCAUAUUCGGCUUCCUCUGCCACUCCACGGUGCAGCCUCAUGGCACCUCUGUGUACUGCUCAGACCUGCUGGAUGAUGGGGGCUGCGUGGCUCUGCUGGUUGUUGGCUUCCUGUUGCUGACCCCCCUGCUGGUUCUGGCUCUGGCUGCGUACUGUCGCCUGGCCCGACACCUCCAGCUAGGCAUGUGCUUCAUCCCCUACAGCCGGGCCGUCUACAAGAACCUGCCUGCCUCUCGCCACAGAGGGGGUUCAUCAGGAGGCUGCUGCGGCCAGCAGGGGGCUCCAGAGAGGGAGGGGAAGGGGAGCGUAUGGGUGUAGGACAGGAGGGAAGGGGGAGAACUGUACAUGGUUUUUAUACUGUAUGUAUCUCUGUAUAAUGACGAGGGAUGGAUUGUCUUUUUAACAGCUACUUUUGUAUUUCUACUUCUAAAGCCUUUGUAAAAAAAAUAUCAUCUAUCAUCAUUAAUAGUGACUGUCUUUUUGUAUUUCAAAGUUAUGAAUGUAUUUUAUAUCUUUUUACAAUAAAAUGCCACAACUUUCUAA